GGCAGUUUAGUGGAAGUGCCUACGCACACUUAAUGCUUCGAUUAGUAAACAUCUUUCACGGUCGUGUAAAACUCCAUAAAUCACUCUCGAGUGUCACAGUUAAAUUAUCAGUAUGUCCAAGAGGGUGAGAAUUAUGUUGCCCGAGGAAAUGCUUGCGCCUCCAUCGGGCAGUAGCAGGAACCCCAUGCCCAACCUCACUGUCAAGAACUCAAUCAAGAAGUGCUUCGGCGAUUGGACCGAACGGGAACCCCCCGUAUUUGUAGUUGUAAGUCCGGAGGGUAGUCGGAGCUCGAUGACCUCCGGACAGCAGGAGAGUACGAGAACCUAUAGUCGCAGUUCCGAGGAGAGAGAUCUCGAAGAAACUGCAGGAACCCCAGAAAGCAGUGCCUUGAUUCAAAGUAGAUCGACCAACUCUCAGCAGUCACCGAAUUUCCAAUCGACCGCCACCUCGAUGAAGGACUUCCUCAGGAGCACAGCCGCUCUUGUCAAGGCGGGCGAAUCUUUCACAACUGCGAAGCGGCUUUUCCAUAAGUUUAUAAAGAGCAACGGCUCUAGCUCGAGCCCCAAGCCUUCGCCGGUUCCCACCGAUUCUUCCUCUCAGGUCGUAAGUGGGGAAAAUCCCUACCUCAGCCAGCCUAACGACACGCUUCUGACCGACUUGCCGCUCCAGUUUUCCGUCCCCAGUUCCUCGCAAAUGACACCGACCAUUCACCAUUCGAACUACUCCCUCAAAAAAACCAGUUACGAUCUCACAAGCCUCCUUUCCGACAUCACCCCGCUGACGGGCUACUCGCCCAGGACCACCUUGGCCAGCACUGAGGCUGGCUACCAAACGGAUGCUUCGGCAGAGCCAGUUUUGCGAAGGGUGCGAUCGCAGCCACCUUUGGAAGGCGGGACGCCCGGUAGUCGUUCGAAGUCAAGGAGUAGCAGUCCUCUCAAAUUUAAGAUAAUGCCUGCUCAGAAAAAGUUAGCGAGCUCCCCAAAGCGCUCCCUUUCGAAAAACCGCUCAAGUAGUAGACUUCUCCGCAGUACAGAGUGGGCUUCCCCCGCUAGUUCACCCAAAAGGUCGCCAAAGUUGUCACCCCGAAGCGAGCAGGCUGGGUUAGCAGUGCAAACCACCUUUGCCUUGGUAAGCUCCUCCGGGCCCAACUCCGAGAAAUCGCGACUAUCGAGCCAGUUGAGGCGGAGAAGCAGCCGAGGCCCAUCACCGAACGUGAGGCGCAGGAGCUCCGACAGCUCUGGCUUGAGGCUGGACCUAGCCGUCUUGACCAAGUCCGGGGCUAAAAGGGGCUCCCGCCGCAGCUCGCCCAAAAGCCUCGGCAGGCGCUCCCAAUCCACCGCAUCGGAGCGAGAGAGGAGCGGGACAGCCGACUCCAUGGGGGAGGGCGCCUUCGCUCUGGUCAGUCCCGACGAAGCGGAGACCAGCAAGCCCGGAGAGGGAUCCGGCGCGGACGUCGAGGAGGCCUCAACCAGCUGCCGGACGUACCAGGCGCAGUGCAGCUGCCACCACUGCCAGGACAUGCGGCGCGCGGUCAGAAAAGCCGACUUCUACCAGUCGCCCGAGGGACAAAGGCGACUUGAGGCCAAGCUGCUGUCUAAGAAUUUCUUUAUGGACCUCUGCGCCCUGGCUGCGGUGCGUCGCCAGGUUGUGGCCGAGCUGCACGGGGUGCGUCGGCAUCCUUCCUCGCGGGUCAGUUUCCCAGUGAGCAUCUGCGGGGCGGCGCGCCUGGAUGUGGGCUCGCUGUUGCUGCAAUGGUUUACCCACGAUCUGGACCGCGUGGACCACUUUGACAUAUUUGUGGACGACGUGCCCAACCGGAGUGUAUACAACCGGCUGGCGACCCGUACCGUGCUAGUCGACGUGGACGCCGCCAAGACGCACAGGUUGCGCAUGCGGGCGGUGCCGGUGCGGGGGAGCGCUGGCCAGGACUCCGCAGUGGAAAUGUUCAUGUCCGCGGUGGCUGCAGGCCACAUGCGGCACGUGAGGCAGGGCCAGCUCUUCACCAGAUGUUUCGAGCACUUAAACGCUCUCCCGCAGCAGCGAACGCUCGUGGACUUCUGGAAAGACAGCGAGUUUCUGUACCUGCCCACGGUUGCCUCCCCCCCUCCACGGGCCGCUGACUGGCCAAAACAAACGGAUUUAUGAGCGGGGAUCUAGCUUGGAGUGGGUAUGCGGGGGAACAGCUGCGUGAGUAAUAAUUGAUUACUCUAUUUUCGUCGUGGUGCUGAAUAAUCGGCGGACGUGCCUCCUCGUGCGGAACAAAUGGCCUAGGCGCCUCCACCUGUGUUCUGCCCUGAGGGGGCAGCGGGGCACACAGACAACUUUAGGCGCCGCCAUCGUUUAAAAACUAAUCGUAAUCCGGGCAGUCGUCAGCAUACAUCCUCCCGCGAUGAUGAAGCUGUGCGUUCUUAUCGGUGGUCCGCAGGGGGCUGACCCGGAUUGUACUGUGUAGGCACUGGUACUAACGCAGGAGCUUCGUGCGGAUCCGGCGGAGAUUUCGGGCUGCAGAGUGGCAUGAUUAAUUAUUUGGCAAAUAUUUGAGAUUUCUAGCUCGGCUGGCAUGGCCAUUUAAAUGGGUGAAAAUCAACAAGCAUACUCGCAUUUUAAUAAAAAUGAAGUGGGGCGAGGAAGCCAA